AUGCUCUACGUCGCGCCGUGGGCAGACGAUGGCCGCCCAGACCUCAUGCCCCGCGACUCCAUCGAAGAGGACUCUUCGUCUGAAGACGAGGACAACGGUGUCAUCGUCCGGGAGACCCCCUUCCAGCGCGGUGAAGACCUAAUCAUCGACGAGACCGAGCUACCUACUUUCCUCGACAACAUGGACAAAUGAAGCCUGGUCGCGCCGACCUAAGUUAGGCGACUUUAAUGGCGGAGCCUAACUUGCUAAGAACGUACUUGGGGUGACCCCUCUGGUGAUGGUGCACCCGUAGCCUAGCAUCCGUAGCCUAGAGGGGUUUGAAUUCCCGUUUGUCAGGAUCUCCCCGAAGUUGAUAUCUGGUUUUUGGUUUGUGCCUUUUCGCAGAAACGCGGAGGUGAAUCGGCGGGUACGCGGUCGUCGUCUUGGCUGUUUUUUUUCGGUCGUGCUCUUUGUCGUGUUGGUCUGUUUUAAUCAAGUGAAGCCAGAGGGCCAGGCACUGAGAGUGAGGCUUGUGCCGCUUGCACACUAUCAAUGACCUUAGCACGUGCGUGUGAUUGACGGCAGAUGAUGUUUCGUAUUUCUCCUGUCACCCACAUUCGCUUUUUGCUUGAUUGCGUUGUUUUCGGUAUGUUUUGUCUGCGGUGGAAUUCCCGUAGUUUUUCUUGGUUUUUGUGCCUUUUCGCAGACACGCGGAGGAGGUGAAUCGGCGGGUACCCGGUGUCUCGGCUGUUUUUUUCGGUAGUGCUCUUUGUCGUGUUCGUCCGUUUUAAUUAAGUGAAGCCAGAGGGUCAGGCAUACGCAAGUGUGAGCCUUUUGUGCCGCUUGCACACUAUCAAUGACCUUUGCACGUGCGUGUGAUUGACGGCGGAUGGUGUGUCGUAUAUUACAACGCCCACGUAUAGCUAUGUGGCUUGAUUGCGUUUUUCUCGAUAUUUUUUUUUUGUCAUGGAAUUCCCUUAGUUUUUUUUGGUUUGUGUACGGAAAGGGGUGUGAAGAUGUUUGGGGUUGUCCAAACGCGUAUAACUUCUGUACGUCAUGCUUCUACAACCCACAUAUGGAGCGUUUUAAGUGUGCGAUUUGGUGGCGAGAAGAGAGGGAUAUACGAAGUAUGGAGUUGGGCGAUUAGUGUGGUACUUUGCACUGCACCUUUGAUUUCAGUACGGAAGGGGUGGAAGUCGACGCAGGAUCCGCCACGAGGCUUAAAGUUUUCGACAACUGCAUCCCACCGACUUUACGCCCUGGCCUUGUGCCGCACCUUGCCGAGGUGGCGCCUUGCCAAGGUGGCACCUUGUGAGCACCCUGCAGCAUGGCACAUUGCAGGGUACUCCCCAGGGUUACACCCUGUAAGACCCACCUCGCCAGGGGUGCCGAGUUGGCACCUUGUGAGCACCCCGCAGCAUGGCACAUUGCAGGGUACUCCCCAGGGUCACAACCUGUAAGACCCACCUUGCCAGGGGUGCCGAAUGGCUACGGGUGUAUGCUUUCGUGCCAAGUUUCGUGCCAAUUGGCAACGUAUUCAGCGCGUUCUUGUGUUCGCCAGGAAAGUGCAGUCGGCUCGGUAGAGGUUCCGCCGCGUCCAUGGGGGCCGGUGAGUUUUCCCAUAUUUUUUUUGGGCCGAUGUGGAAAAGAGGGUUUCGUCCUCAACAGACGUUGGGGAGUUUCAACUUUUAUUAAGGUGUUCUCCACAUUACCCCCCCUUUUUCGAGACUUCUUCUUGUUUGCUAGGCAAGAGAAGUCUUCUUGGGGUAACCGGAACCCGACCGGCUGGCGGCGAGUAGAACCCCCUUUUUUUCCAACAAUCUUCUGUGCGUGUGUGCGGGUGCACCACUUCCGCCACGCAUUGCCAAAAGUUUCGAGUUCGAUAGACAAUGCAUCGUUUCUUGGCCCACCCACCGUUUUUCUUUUAUGAUUCCGGAAGAAAAUUAGGUGAGCAGCGGGUUUUGAACCCGUGUCUUUUGCAACCAAAAACAGACACCUCACAUCGCUUCGUCGACGCCACUGUGGAAAAGAGGGUUUCGUCCUCAACAGGCGUUGGGGAGUUUCAACUUUUAUGAAGGUGUU